ACGACGUUUCUCGCUUUUUCUUGUGUUCCCGCCCCCAAAUGAACGGUCCUUUUAGAGAGCAUGACAGUAACGAAUAUCAAUACCAGAACGGCCAAGGACACUUUGCUCCAAACUCCGGGUACUCUUCACCCGAAGAGUACAUAAUGUCGACGUCCGGUGGCGCUGGAUCGUCUUCUCAGUGGCAAAUGGGUAGCUCUAAUUCUGGCGGGAACUUGAGGGCCUCGGCUUCGACCGCCCAGCUAUCCCCGCUUGGUACUGGCUCUGCAGAAUAUUGUGGCACACAACCUUCAUACACUCAGAUUCUAUAUGAGCGAGACAUGCUCCAAGCGCAAGUCCAGGCUCUUCAGUACGCCCUCCCACUUCUCCUAAAGAUCAAUUUCUCCAACGUCUCACUCACUCUAUACUGAUCACUACGCAAACUCAGGUUUGCUGUGGCCCAACUUUCCCAUCAGCCUCAUCCAUCUUCCCUCCGCCCUCUCACAGUUACCGAACGUCCCAAACUGGAAGAACUGCCUCUAAUCACAGCAUAUAGUCCCGACUCCAUCGCAUUCUUCAAGAAAUGGUUCCCCGGCAUUCUCUUUAUCGCCAAAUCGAGUUGGACACAAAGCAACAUCCAUCCGAGAAAACGUCUCCAGGUCACAGAUCCUGACGCACCGAAAUGCAAGAAAGGCCCUUCUCAAGCAAGCGAAAACGUCAAUGUGCAAGCAGCAUAUAUGGAGGGACCGGACGGUGAUACUUUGGGAGGGCAUAUGGUCCAGGAGAUUCGGAACUACCACCGCACGUGCUUCGCAGGUAUGAAGGAGCGAGGAGAGGCGAGGUGGCUGUCUAGUGACCUGACCGAGGGUACGAUGACACGCUUCUGCGAGGACUCUGCGAAGAGGUUCCCGGUCGUACGCUUAUGUGUCGAUGGAUGGAAGGCGCGAGAGCUCCUUCGAAAGGCUUGGCCGGGAUGGGCGCAGGACCACCUCCCGGAUCUUAACCCCGCUGGUCUGGGUAAGAGCAAGAAGGGCAAGAGAGCAAAGGCGGAGAGUGUCCUAGACGAUUCAGAUCCAGAGACUAACGAGAUGACUCAGAUAGACAUGAACUCACUCAUCCGGAUGCCAGCCAAAGACGAAGAUAAAGAAGCUGUUUCUGUGGUCGCCACUCUUACGGGCCCGCCACCCUCUCUUCGCGUUGACCCCGCCAUCCCUGUAAUCAUUGCUGCACCUCUUUUUCCCAGCGUUGUUGCUCAUGCACCACCAUCUGCGAGCUCAUCCGGAGCAAUUGACUUUGCACGUCAUCGCGACAAUACUUCUGAACCUCACGACAUCGUCAACACCAUUCCGUCCACCGAACAAGAUGUUGGCUGUGACAGCUCGGUUGAUAUCAGUGUCUCGACAAGUCUAGCAAAACGGACUCGCUCAGUCUCCGAUGCUGGGAACAAUGUUCCGGCAUCGGAUGAUGAGUCGGUCAAGCGCCGCAAACUGGAGCCUGCUUCUGUUGCUGAUACUACAUCUCAAGAUGAUACACCACGCGCAUCAUCUUCGGCGACUCCCACAGCGACAGCAUUUUCGUCAUUUGUGUUUAAACGCCUCCACCCCACACCUAUCCCGAUCUUUGUGGCCCCAGGGUCAUCUGAAGGUUCCCGGCCUCCGACAAAGGCUUCGCAUGCAGGAUCCUCAAAGCCUGCGAAGAAAGUCAAGCCGAAGGUCGUGGCGGCGGACCUGCCCAUCUAUCCCUCGGAAAAUGUAGUCACUGCAAGGCAACUCCAACUUCGAGAGUGGUUAGAUACGCAAGAAGUUGGCGCUACAAAGGCGCAAUUUGCUGUGUUCUCCUCGUCAAUCACAAAGGAGGUCAUGAAGGCCGAUAAUAAGAGGAUUGCCGACCUCAAAGCUCAAGGUGUUACAACCUUGGGCGAAUGGAAGCACCCGACGCACAAGUGAUCAGUAUCGGUGAGUAUUUCGUUUGGGUACCCAUCCUCUUGUUCAGAUCCAGUUACAACGUUAUGUUUGCAGCGUCAUCGUCAGCCUCAGGCCGCCGCGGCCCUUUCGCACACAUGCAACCCAACCUCUUUCAAUCCUUUUUUAUUAUACCAUUGUUAUCGCUUUCACUUGGCAGUAAACACGCAUGCUGGUCUCUUUCUCUCAGCUCAUGUCUUUUCUUGCACGAUGUCUCUUCGGUUAUGUAACAUGUUUGUGUCAGGGACGCUCUCUCUACCAAUUGUUCACGCUUUCUUUCCCGGAUCGAUACACAGAUAUUCACACUUUUCACUUAUAACUCUUCUGCAUGGUGUACUUCAAGGCCUUCGGUGUUGUCUCAGUGUAUAGUAGGAGGGAAAGGAGCUAGGUGGGAUGGGGAGCGGGGAGCGGGUGGCGGAUAGGGUGGCGGGGAAGGAUAACAAAUAAAAAUGAUUUCAC